UAAUAACUUAUUAUUUUUUAUUUUAAACAUGUCAAGUCCAUACAGCUUUUUAACACAUAAUGACUCAGCAUGUGAUAUAGAUCGGCUGUUUGGAAAUGAUCCCCUGAUUAGCCGAUCCAAGGCUAAAUAUAGAUCUUCUCCCAAAUCUUCAGAUGAGGAGAACUUAUAUGGUAAAAAGAAAGAGAAGUAUUCACCAAAGAAAAGGGCCAUUUAUGACAACUCUGAUCUCCUAAGAGACACUCUGUCUCCCUACGACCCAACGGAUGAUUUUUCCAACUCCAGAGAGCAGGUGGCGCACUACCGCAGAGCCGCAGAGUUGGCACACAGUGAGCACGCAGCACUGCUGGUUAAAAAUACCAGCCUGCAGAACGAGGUUUCUGAUCUGAAGAACAGGCUGGCAGCAAAAGAAGUUCUCCAACAAGAAAUGAAAGGAGAUUUAGACAAGUACAAAGAGGGCAACGCGCGCCAGUCUGCGCAGAUCCAGUCCUUGAAAGAGCAUAUAAGGGAAAUGGAUCAGAUGAGUCUUUCUGUGAGUGGUGGGAAAGCAGAACAAAAUGCUGAGAUGUAUUCUCUGAAGAGAGAUAAUAAAGACCUGCACGGGAGGGUCAGAGAGCUGGAAAACCGACUCGGAAUGCAUCUGCUAGAGAGGGAGAAGUCUGAGCAAAAAGCUAGCACGCUGGAGAAAAAACUGCAGGAAAUUGUUAGCGGUUUGUCUUCCCAACUGCACAUGGACGUCGGUCAGCAAGAGGAGCCGGUCACUGCCUUACUAAAUAAGGUGGACAAGGUGAUAAAUGAGUAUUUCCUACAAAAAACAAGACUUUCAAGCCUUGAAGACACCUUGGCCGCUCAGCAAGCAGAGUUUAAAGCCAGCAGAGAUACCAUCAUGAAGCUGGUUUCAGAAGCAGAAAAGCAGAAAAAGACGAGCGCUGGUUACGUUGGCGAAAUAAAAACUCUGAGGAUGGAACGUGAUGAAGCCGUACUAGCGAUAAAGAGUCUGGAGAGAGAAAAGGAGAUUCUUCUUGAGAAGAUUAGAGACGAACAUAAAGAGUGGGGCAGCAUUCAGCAAGAGCUGAUGGAGAAAGAAAAGAAAAUGAACGAGAUGGACAGAAAUUUACGCACAACUGAUUAUGAGGCCAGAGCCUCGCACAGCCUGCACCAGACCUUUAUAAACCAGCUGGCCACAAUACUGAGCAAUGGCUUCAUGACCGUACCCAGGACAGAGGAAGCUGUGAAAGAGAGAAUACAGGAACUGCGCGCAAAUGAGCAAAGCUGGAAGUCGACAAAUGAUGAACUUCAGGAGAAGGUUCUCAAGUUGACCAAACAGCUGGAGCAGCAGCGUGACUUGUACCAUGAAGCCGCAAGUAAAUCAUAUAAGGUCGAAGAGAUAGUUCAGGAACAUCAGGAAUCCCUUAAACACCUGAAGGGGAAGCUUGCUACGGAGGAGAUGAUUAAAGAAGGGCUUAACCUGGAGAGAAAGAAGCUGAAGAAGUUUUUAGUGCAUCUGGCAGAGAAGUUACGUAUAAGUCGGGACAUCUCAUGCAACAGUUUGACGUCACAAUAUGAAACUAUUCUAAAGAGGGCAGAGGAAAUGAGCAAACCGGAUAAAGAUGGUCUGAACACUAACAAAUCUCUUAUCUAUAAUCUUCAGAAAAAGGUCAAUUCCCAGAAAGAAAAACUAGAGUUAAAAUUUUCACAAAUCGAACAACUAGAGAAAAAAAUCAAACAGUUAGAAAGGGAAAAAGAACAUCAACUAUUUAUGAGUGCUGAAAACUCAGCCGGCCUGACAGCCCAAAAAUUGCAGAAAAAGGUCGAGAAACUGCAGGGACAGCUCAGUGACAUGAAAAUUGCUAAUCAAAAUCUGACGGCCAGGCUUGACGAUGUAAGCGAUCUAAAGGAGAGACUUGCCCAACAAAAGAGAACUAUUGAAGAACUUAGCAAAAACUUAGAAAAAAUGGAGAAAAUUAAAGAGAAAGCAGCUAAAAAGGUUGUGAGCCUAAAAACAGAACUGGACUAUACAGAGCAGGAGACGAGAGGAGAGAAACUUCGCUCUCAGCACAUGGUGGAUUCAGUCGCUAAUGAGCUUCACACGGCAAAAAGAGCUCUUGAAGAAGUGGCAAGAAGAGAGAAACAGCUUGUUGACUUCAGAGAGACCAUUACCAGGAUGAUGGGAUUCAAUAUAAACACCCUCGCUGUACCGGACCAUGAGAUCUUGGGCCAGUUGAAACGCAUUUUGCGCUCUCAUGGACCUAUAAAUAUGGGUCAAAAUGACAGGUCAAAAUUGCCGUAUGGAUUUAGAACAGGUGUUGGCGAGCAGGAGUACGCAGUGCAACACGUCAAUUCAUUCUAAAGCAGCAUGAAGAGCAGAUGGGUCACGUGCGAGCGAAGAUCUUCUGCACUAUGUCAUAAAAAUAAUAAUUGUACAGUAUGUUUUUACUGAUGCCAUCCUUUAUCUAAUGGUUACGGUUUUCCAUCAUUAUCGAAAAAUAUCUUUCAAAUAUCUUAUUUCUUGUUGAAGAGUAAUCUUAGGUACGCUCAGGAGUAUGCACGUGUCUGGAGCACUAUGAGGGCGGUUUAUCAAGCUGAGGCGGACAGGGGCGCACAUACGCGCCCAUGUCCACCGCAGCCCCGAUUGCACACGAGCGUUAUUUUGCGCUUGCGUGGAAUCCUGUCUCCUGCCCAGCGCACAGCCAAUCACGCUUGUGCAGGAGCUGUCAAUAUCCCCUGUCGGGCUAGACGGCAGAGAUUGAAUUUGCCAAUUUAGAGGUGCAAAA